CUUCAACAUGAACAAAAAUCAAAGUUACAUAGUACUUCAUCAUCUUCCACAAAAUUAUCCUCAUAUCACUCCCAAGUUCACAACACUAGGUCUAAAUUUGAUUGAAGAUGGUUGGAAUUGGGGUUCCAAUAUGCGUGCAAUGUGGCAACACCAGCAACCCUUGCCGGUGCAAGGUGGUGGGGCCAACGCUCGGGUUCCUGGCGUUUGCGGCGGCAGCGGUGGUUGAGUGGCCGGUGGGGGCUCUCGUGUAUUGCUUUCGCCACACAAAGGGUCGCAAAAUCAUGGGUCAUCCCGCUACAGUCAUAUAUCCUUCAGUCACCAAUGCCAUCCCCAUCUAAGUUCUAACUAUAUGUUAAUUAAUUUCCCCAUGAUAAUAAUGUUAUAUAUAUAUAUAUAUAUAUAUAUAUAUAUAUAUAUGUUGUAAGUUCUUUCUUUUAAUUAGUGACUUAGAGUUGCGUACCAAUGUAUAUUAUGCGUAACGCUUGGAUUACGUAGUCGUUCAGUUAAUUUGCUUUUUCCGUAUGUAUGCACAAAAUAAGCUUAAGCAAUCUUUUUUGCCCCUUUUUACUUUGAUUUAUAUAGAAACGCAUGGAAGGACUUUGUUCUGGUUUAUAUACUGAAUUUGACAGUGCUUUUGUUGGAGUACA